ACGAGGGACAAUCAACCACGAGGCCACCGUUGUUCGAUGGAACCAACUACUCGUAUUGGAAGGAGAGGAUGAGAACCUUUAUCCAAUCCAACGACUACAAGCUGUGGUUGAUUGUGAAGAACGACUGCGGAGUCCUAAUGAAGAAAGUCGGUGAAGUCAAUGUUCCCAAAACCGAAGAGGAGUUCACCGACGAAGAUUGCAAAAAGAUGGAGCUCAACGCAAAGGCAAUAAACAUGAUUUAUUGCGGUGUUAACGCGGAUGACUACCGCAAAAUCUCGCGGUGUGAAACCGCAAAACAAAUGUGGGAAAAAUUGGAGGUCACCUACGAAGGAACCGCGCAGGUGGACGCAAUCGAAGAAGGUCGUGACUUCCAAACAACGACCUAUGAUGCUCUUCAAGGUAAUCUUAUUACCUACGAAACCACCCAACUCUCAAUGGUGGUUGAAGAGAGGAACAAGAGGUCUAUUGCUCUACCCGCAACAACAUCAACCUACAACAACGUUGAUGAUGAAGAUGAUGACAGCGACGACACCGACCCCAGACUCUUUGUCCGAAAAUUCAAGAAGAUGAUCCUCAAGAAGGGAGCCAAGAAGAACACUCCACCCAAAUGCUAUGGGUGUGGUGAAAUUGGACACAUCAAACCAAUGUGCCCAAAGCUCAAGAACGAGAAGGACAAGAGGGCACCGAAUAAGCAACGUGCCUACAUUUCUUGGGAGAACGACGGCUCCGGGAGUGAAGACUCGGAAACAGAGGAAGUGGCCAACUUAUGUCUCAUGGCCAUUGAAGAUGGUGAUACAUCAAAAAAGGUGUGCUUGAAGGCUUCGAGUACCUCUUGGUAUCUCGAUAGCGGAUGCUCCAAGCACAUGAUCGGAGACGCAUCCAAAUUUAGGAGUUUAGAGUAUUUCAAAGGUGGCAAUGUCGUUUUUGGUGACAACAACAAAGGAAGAAUCAUUGGAAGUGGCACCGUCGGAAAGGACAAUGCUACAACCGUUCAGAACAUUCUUCUCGUUGAGGGCCUCAAGCACAAUCUUCUUAGCAUUAGCCAAUUGUGCGAUAGAGGGGAAGCAAGUAAGGGCCUCGUUUAAGUUAAAGAACGUUGUUUCUACGACUAGGCCAUUACAACUUUUGCACAUGGACCUUUUUGGACCUUCAAGAACUAUGAGUUUAGGAGGUAAUUACUUUGGCUUUGUUAUCGUUGAUGACUAUUCGAGGUUUACAUGGACACUCUUUCUUGCUCAUAAGUAUGAUGCACUUAAUGCUUUUAAGAAAUUCAUUAAAUUGGU